UCUAUAGUGUUUGUUCCCUAGAUUCUAACAUUUUACAUUAUAUUGUCAUUUGAUAAAGUAGUGAUACAAAUAACCAAAAAUGGCAGAAGCGUCAUUUUUUAAACCAUCAGACACUGAAUCACUGAAUUACACUCAGGAAAUUCGGCAGAUGAUGCAUGGAUUUGGUGACAGUAGCGAACCAUUGUUUGAAUCUGCAAAGAUUAUAGAGGAUGUUGUGCUACAACAAAUGAAAGCAAUUGUUAGAAGAGCUUGUGAAAUCGCAGACAGACGAUCUAGUUCGAAAAAGAGCAAUAUUAUUAGUGGUGAAGAUCUACUCUUUUUAUUGCGUAAAGAUAAGAUUAAGCUUCAACGGAUUGUAAAAUAUCUUGAACUUAAAGAAUUAGGAUCCUCGGUUCAAAAACUUAUUACAGUGAACGAUGUGCCACAAAAUGUCACGAAUCCUGAACAACUGGAAGGUACCAAGAAAAAAGUGCCGUUUCAAAGUUUUCUAGAACAGAUUGACAACACAGGUGAACUUAUGGAAAAUUCAUCCUCGGUCGACGACGUUAAACGACGUAGAUGCAUUCGUGCGGACAUAGCGUCAAGGUCCAUGGAUGAGAUGCAUUACAUGAAAUUCAGUAAGGCACGUCGUGUGUCUUUUGCAAACAAAAAUCGUCAUAAAUUCAGCGAUUGGAUUUGCGCGGAUGGUGAUGUUACCGUAUCGAAGCAAGCAUACACAAUUUUAUCUUAUCUUGCAUAUGAAACAGUUGCUCAAAUUGUUGAUCUCGCAUUCUUAGUUCGGCACGAUCAGGGUAAAAUGCACGGCGAUGCCAUAGAUCGGCAACGACUCAAUUAUAUUAAUCCAUUUACAUUCAAGCCGCGUUAUCAUAGCAAGAAUUUUGUAACGAAACCGUUAACUCCUUCGGAGAUAAGUGAAGCUCUGAGAAGGUAUUGGUCUCCACAACUAGAUAUGACAGGUCCAUUUAAUAGAUGGUCUAUGAGAAGACCACACUUGAAACUCCUUUCAUGUUAGAUGUAAAGAUGUGAAAAAGGCUUUCUACUUAGUAUUGGACUAGACCCACCGCCAAUAUUUCUUAUGAGAUUCCUCAGCGUCUUUGGAUUUUCCA